GAGUUCAUUGGUCUGGAUCGAGCAGGCACCUGGAUGAGACACAGCCAGAACUACUCUGGCUCUCUUACGAAUGGCUUCUCUUCAUCCUGCCCAGACCCAAGCCCUGCAGGUGGGGGUGGGGGUGAGGGCCCCCCACCUUCCUCGAAUAGCCUGAUGACAACCCUCACUUCCCGCAAGAAGAAGAGAGCCAUGGCCGAGACUCGGGGUACCAUCAAGGUGGAUCUUCCCAAUCAGCAGCGCACUGUGGUGACUGUCCGGCCAGGUACAACAAUCUACAGCUCUUUGGACAAGGCCCUGAAGGUGCGCGGGCUCAACCAGGACUGCUGCGUUGUCUACAAGAAAAGGAGAGAUGGGCGAAAGACCAUCACAGACUGGAACACUGACCUGGUCAGCCUGGAGGGGGCCGAGCUCUCUGUGGAAGUUCUGGAGGAUGUUCCGCUGACUAUGCACAACUUUGUCCGGAAGACCUUCUUCAGCAUUGCCUUUUGUGAUUUCUGCCUUAAGUUCAUGUUCCAUGGUUUCCGCUGCCAGACGUGCGGCUACAAGUUCCACGAGCACUGCAGCAGCCGCGUGCCGACGGUUUGCGUGGAUCUCGCCACUACGCAUAAGCCUGUUUACAGUCAUGAGUUGUGGCAGUACCCUGCCUUGUGGUCUGACAGUGUCCCUGCCACUCCAGCCCAGCUCAGCCACGAACCCAUCACUCCACAUGUGAUCAGCCCUCGCAAGCAGUCGCCCCCCCGCUCCGAAGCCUUCAGCUUCCCCAGCCCUCUCAGCGAUGGGCAGUGCCUGCAGCGCCACCGCUCCACUUCCACUCCCAACGUCCACAUGGUCAGCACCACCAGCCCUGUGGACGGCAACAUCCUUGAGAUUGUGAGCAAGGGCCACAUUGCAGAGGCUGCAGGUGGGCCAGAGGUACCUCCUCGCACCCCACCACCUCCUCCUGUCUCCAGCAUGGCUGCUGUUUCUUCUGGCCGACGCUCCCCACACCCUAAGUCCCCUGGCGAGUCCCCAAGGGAGCGCAAGGCUCCUACCGAAGACAAGAAGAAACCGAAAUCCUUGGGGUACCGGGACUCGAGUUACUACUGGGAGGUGUCCCCCAAUGAGGUAACCAUGCAGAAGCGCAUUGGGGCCGGGUCCUUUGGCACCGUCUUCAAGGGUCGCUGGCACGGAGAUGUGGCCAUCAAGAUUCUCAAGGUCACCAACCCCACCAGCGAGCAAGUGCAGGCCUUCAAGAAUGAGAUGCAGGUGCUCAGGAAAACACGCCAUGUGAACAUCCUGCUCUUCAUGGGCUUCAUGACGCGUCCCAGCUUCGCAAUUAUCACCCAGUGGUGCGAAGGCAACAGCCUCUACCAGCACCUCCAUGUGCAGGAGACGCCGCUGGAGAUGGUGCAGCGGAUCGAUGUGGCCCGGCAGACGGCACAGGGCAUGGAUUACCUUCACGCAAAGAACAUUAUCCACCGGGACCUCAAAUCCAACAAUAUCUUCCUGCAUGAAGGCCUGACGGUGAAAAUUGGCGACUUUGGCCUUGCCACAGUGAAGACGCGCUGGAGCGGCUCACAGCAGGUGGAGCAGCCCAGUGGCUCCAUACUCUGGAUGGCCCCCGAAGUGAUCCGAAUGCAGGACCCCAACCCCUACAGCUUCCAGUCUGAUGUCUACUCUUACGGAGUUGUUCUCUAUGAGCUCCUCUCUGGGACCCUUCCCUACAGUCACAUCAACAACCGGGACCAGAUUAUAUUCAUGGUUGGAAGGGGCUACCUGUCCCCUGACCUUAGUAAGGUGGCCAGCAAUUGCCCCAAAGCCAUGCGCAGGCUGAUGGGAGACUGCCUUAAAUUCAAGCGCGAGGAGAGGCCCCUCUUCCCUCAGAUUUUAGCUUCCAUUGAGUCACUCCAGCAUUCUUUGCCCAAGAUUGAGCGCAGCGCUUCAGAGCCUGCACUCCACCGGGUGGCCCACAAUGAAGAACUGACCUUCUUCGCUCUUCCACCUGCCCUGUGGCUCCGCAGCUAACAUGGCCCCAGAGGAACUGCUCCCAAAGGCCAUCUGCCCCCUUGAGACCAGUGCCUGCUGCUCUCGGGGUUUCCUGCAGUGUGGAGAUGGAAGGACCAGUCAGUCUGAGGAGGGCAGCCAGAGGCCCCCAAUCUUCUCUAUGCACAGAGGGAGACACUUAAGCACUGCAGGGGGUCUUCCAUGUGAAGCAUCUCCAGCUCUCACCCUCCUGUCCCAUCAAGAUCGCCAAAGUAGCAAACACACUGGAAUGUCUCCAUGCUUGGGCGACUCUGGCUCCAUCUUCCCCAACUCUAUUUUUUUAAUGGGUCUCAUCCUGUUUCAGGGUUGUUUUAUUUUUGUGGGGGUUGGAAAGUUGACUAGGAGAGGGGUACAAAUAAAAAUGUCAAAACUGAACCCCAAACCAUGAUCCAGUCUGUGGAUUUGGCAGGCAUCGCUAUGCCAUGGAGACAAGAUAGAGAUAUUGCAGGAGGGGGCGUGAUGAAUCAGAGGCCAAGCCCUGUCUGGUUCAUUCAUGUGUUACUCCAUCCAUACCUGAGACGGUUCCCCAGCAGUCUUGUUCAUGGUGCAAAGAAAGGGCAUUUUCCUCAAACUCAAGGAUUCUGCUAGUGGCCGACUACACUGUGGAAGGUGGGACUGGGGACCUUCCAGGUGUCUGAUGAGCAGAGCUUCCUCAGUUCCCUACAUAUGCCUGCUGCCAAGCUCUAGUUUGCAUCUGUGCAUAUACCUGUCCAUUGCAUUUACAAGGAGCUAAAAUGCUGGAUCUUCAAUAGUUGUUUGUGGCCGGCCAGCCCUAGAAGCCUCCUUGCAUCUCUUUCCAGGUAUGUGCACAGCUAGGGCUGUGCUCCAUGGCAAAGCCCUGGUGCCAGAGCUUCACAACGUUCAGCGGUCAUCCUCUGUGCCUCUGGCUUUCAAAUGCAGUGCCUUAAAUGGCAUCAGACAAUCUAGGGAAAGGGUACGUAUUUCUGAAGGGGCAAGCUUUUUUCCUCACCUGCAAAGCACAGAGGCGGUCCCAAGUGGCAGACCAUGGGUUGCAUUAAAGCAAUGUUCUCCAACCUGUAUCCCUGACCAUGUUUUGGAGCACAACUUCCAUCAGAACCAGUCAACAUGGCCAGUAGCUGGGGAUGAUGAGAGGUUGUGCUCCAAAAUACCUUGAGACCCAGGUUGGGGCAAACUGUAUUAAAGGGAGGCAACCUGCCCAAAUUCUCUGACUAAACUGACUCCAUCAAACCAGGGAAGGUAUGGAGUAUGAGUGCAGAUGGUUGUUCAGGUCUGUAAGCCCACAUUAUUUCCUUCCAGGCCUGCUACAUACAACUGCUUUUGAUCCUUGGUGUGCAGAGAGCAGGAAGUGCUUGGGCAUGCCACAGAGGCAUGACAAAUGUCUAAAACAGGGUGAAGAGGUGCUCUUGCCUUUGCUCCCCAGGGAAGGAGCAGUUUGCAGGGGAAUGUAAGAAGAGCUGCGGUGCUUCAGCCCAAGGAACCCUAAUCCAGCAUUCUGUUCCUUCAGUGGCUUACCAGAUGCCUGCAGGAAAUGUAGAAGCAGGACAUGAGGGCCAUCGCAGUACGCUCGCUUGUGUUUCCCAGCAGCCAGAAUAGAAGCAUAAUGCCUCCAAUCCUGGAGGUAGCUUAUAGCCACUAAGACUGGUGGAUCCAUUUAUUCCACUCGUCAUUUAAAGCCAUCCAAAUUAGUGUCCACCACCACUUCUCAUACAAGCAUAUUCCAUAGCUUAAAUAAACACUGUUUACUUCUCUCACCACUGGGAUGCACUAGAUGAUGCCGUUGAGUUGUACUAUUAUGAGAGGGGAAAAUUCCACCUAGUCUGCUUUCUCCACACCACACACAUAGCUAUGCAUGUCUAUCCUCCCUCUGUGGAAUUCACCUUUUUCACAGCAACCAUCCAUUGGUUCUGCAUUUUCAUCAAGCUGUCUACUACAAUGCCAAAGCCCCUUUCCGAUCAAGCAGGUUGGCCCCCAUCAGUGCCUGUGCAAAAUCAAGAUUUUCACCCACAAUGCAUGCAGCAGCUUUUACUAGUUUACAUUGAAACACACCCGCCAUUUUAACGCCCAUUCUGCCAGCCUGGAGAUAUCCUUUUAGAGUGCUUCACAAUCCUUUUGUUUUAACCAUGCUACAUAAUUUGGGGUAAUCAGUGAACUUGGCCAUCUCACAGUUCACCCCAAAUCCACAUUAUGAACUAGUUAAAAAGCAUCAGUUUUGAUUCAGAUCCUUAGGAGGGCCCCACUCUUUAAAUCCUUCUAGUGUGGAAACUGUCCAUUAUAUUCCUACUCUGUGCUUUAUGUUCUUUAACCAAUCAAUCCGAUGACCUCUCUAAUUACCUCAUAAUGGACAGGUUUGUUUGAAAGACUUUGGCCAGGAAUUUUAUUAAAAACUUUUUGAAAGUCUAAA